CUCUCAUCACAGAGGAUUACAUAAGAAAUGGCUUCUUCGUUUAACGUCAUCGACAUGUCACGAAUCACCCCUGCUGACUCGUCCGUGUCACUCACUCUCCCGCUCACUUUCUUCGAUCUUCUCUGGUACAAAUUUCACCCCGUCGAACGAGUCAUCUUCUACCGAUCCACCGAUGCAACUCGUCCUUUCUUUGACUCAUCCAUAGUCCCCAAUCUCAAGUCCUCUCUCUCCUCAUCCCUCUCUCACUACCUCCCACUCGCCGGAAAACUAGUCUGGGACUCACUCGGCAAGAAACCAAGCCUCGUCUACUCCCCAAAUGACGCCGUUUUAUUCACCGUCGCCGAGUCCAGCGCUGAUUUCUCACUAUUAACCGGACAGAAACGUUUCCCCGCCGCUGAGUUGUACCCGUUGGUGCCCGAGUUACAAAACUCCGACGACUCGGCCUCAGCCGUGUCGUUUCAAGUCACGCUGUUUCCAAACCGAGGGUUCAGCAUCGGCGUAAGCGCACACCAUGCCGUUCUUGAUGGGAAAACGACAACCAUGUUUCUCAAAUUCUGGGCCGACACAUGCAAACGCCGACAAGACCAGACUGUAAACACUUCCUUACCGCAGGAUCUAAUCCCCCUUUACGAUCGUACGGUCAUAAAAGAUCCAAAGGAUAUCGAAACAGAGGUGAUGAACCUUUGGAGCUCUUUACUCAAAGCUUUCUCCGGCGGCAAAGAACCAGACAACCCCAAGAGCUUAAAGAUUCUUCCGUCGCCGAAGCUUAGUCCAGACGUCGUCCGGUUCACUCUCGAUCUCACUCGUGAAGAUAUCCAAACGCUUCGUGAGAGACUCAAGAGGGAGUCCUCUGCUUCCUCAUCACCUAAAGAGCUAAGAUUGUCGACGUUUGUAGUUACGUAUUCGUACGCGUUAACGUGUAUAAUCAGAGCUCGCGGCGGUGACCCGAGCAGACCGGUCGGGUACGGAUUCGCCGUGGAUUGUCGGAGCCUUCUUGAUCCGCCGGUCCCGCCGAAUUAUUUUGGAAACUGCGUUUCCGCAAUGUUUAAAAUACCGUUAAAGGCGGAGAGGUUUAUGGGUGAAGAAGGGUUUUUAAUCGCUGCGAGAUACGUUAGCGAUUCGGUUGAGGAGUUGGAUGAGACGGUUGCGUUGAAGGUCCCGGAGGUUUUGGCAGCGAUUCAGACUAUUACACAAGAAUUGCAGGUUGUGUCUGUUGCCGGGUCGACCCGGUUUGGAGUCUACGGGUUGGAUUUUGGGUGGGGCAAACCGGAGAGAGUUGUGAUUGUGUCGAUCGAUCAAGGGGAAGCGAUUUCUAUGGCAGAGGGUAGAGAUGGGAACGGUGGAGUGGAGAUUGGCUUCUCGCUCAAGAAACACGAAAUGGAGGCUUUGAUUGAUUUGCUUCGUGGCGGAUUAAGACAUUAAAGUGCUUUUCCUUUUUCUUUGAAAAAAUUGAAUAAUAAAAUAAUCCAAUUGAGCUCGUCUUCGAUGCACUCUGCAUUAGAGCAGUUAACCUUAUUUUUAUCUAAAAAUGAUGCAAAUUCAAAGUGAAUUUGAAUUUUUGUUUUGAUAGUUCCCAACAUUUUUUCCCUCCAGAAAAGAAUAUUGUAAGUGUGUUCUUUUAUUAAUAUUAUAAAUAUUAAUUGAUGAUCA